CAAAAAAAAGCAUUUAGGAGCAAUUAGUCCACAUCUGUUUCGAUUUAUAGCCAGGUUAGAGAAGGAAAGAUGGAUCAUAGGAGAACCAGAAAAAGAGGCAGAAACAUACACAGAAAUGGCUGGAGCCUUACCGUGGCUAAUCUUUGCAGCCACCCUGCUGCUACCAACCAUCAAGAGCAGCACAGCGUCCAGGAUGGCGAAGCCUGGAUGCAGAGAAACAUGUGGCAAUCUCACCAUCCCAUACCCCUUCGGCAUCGGUGAAGGUUGCUUCAGAGAAGGGUUCGAUGUUUCAUGCGAGAAUGACACUGUUUACAGGCAUAACUCAACGACCAGCGGCAUACAGAUUUACAACAUCAAUCUGCUAGGAGGGCAGGCCACACACAGCACCUUCAUCGCCUCCAAUUGCUUCUACAAUAAAAAUAACUUCAACACAGGUGGAUGGGCCUCAUUGGAUACUGGUGAAUUCUUUACAGUAUCAUCCAAGGCGAACAAAUUAACAGCGGUUGGAUGCAACACCCUUGCAUUCCUGGUAGGCUCUAAUGAACACAGUGUCGGAGCUGGGUGUUUCUCGAAGUGCACGGACAAGAAAAGUGUGGAUCGUAGUGGUCAGUGCUCUGGCAUGGGCUGUUGCCAGACCUCUAUCGCCCCAAACGUCUUUUCCUCCAAUAUAACAUUCGAUUUGAGAUUCAACAAUUCUGAGGUGAGUAGCUUCAACCCUUGUAGCUACGCUUUUGUCGCCAAGCAGGAUUGGUUCAAGUUCAAGGCUUAUUAUCUUGAAUAUGAUAAGUUCACAAAGGAGUUCAAGGAUGGGGUCCCUACUGUGCUUGAUUGGGUUGCUGGAAAUGAAAAUUGUAAUGAAGCGGUGAAGAAUAUGUCGUCGUAUGCCUGCAUUGGCAAGAAUAGCCACUGCAUCGAGUCACCAAACGCUACAGGAUAUCUCUGCACCUGCAACGAUGGUUUUGCAGGCAACCCAUACCUGGAAGAAGGGUGCCAAGAUAUCGACGAGUGCAGUUUUCCAGAUCAAUACCCUUGCCAUGGAAUCUGCAGUAAUAUGAUUGGGAACUACAGUUGUUUGUGCAAAUCUGGGACUCGCAGUACAGAUCCAAAGAAAGAAACCUGUAACCCGGUUGGAGUAUCAGAACGAGCUAAAUUAAUAAAAGUCUCUAUAGGUAACUUCCAUAAAAUUUAUUGCAUUUCAGCAUCUGCUAUGCUUCUCCUUAUCUGCAUUUUUGUACUGCUGAUGGAAUGUCAGAAGAGAAAGCUCAGAAAAGAAAAGAAGACCUUCUUCCAACAAAAUGGCGGUCUGCUAUUAUACGAGCAAAUCAUGUCAAAGCAUGUUGAUACAGUGAGAAUAUUCACAAGAGAAGAACUAGAGAACGCAACAAACAAUUUUGACUCAAGCAGAGAACUAGGAAGAGGCGGCCAUGGAACUGUUUACAAGGGAAUUCUCAAGGACAGCAGAGAAGUAGCAAUAAAGCGCUCAAAGAUUAUGAACGUGGCUGAGAAAGAUGAAUUUGUGCAAGAGAUGAUUAUACUUUCACAGAUAAACCACAGGAAUGUGGUAAAGCUUCUAGGUUGUUGCUUAGAAGUGGAAGUCCCAAUGUUGGUGUACGAAUGCAUCCCAAACGGCUCCCUAUUCGAGCUGAUGCAUGGUGGAUACAGAAAGCCUCACAUUUCAUUGGAUGCUCGUCUCAGGAUAGCUCAGGAAUCUGCAGAAGCACUAGCAUAUCUGCACUCAUCAGCAUCCCCUCCCAUAAUUCAUGGAGACGUCAAAUCCCCAAACAUUCUCCUUGGCGAAAACUACACGGCAAAAGUGACUGACUUUGGAGCAUCAAGAAUGGUUGCUACGGAUGAAAUACAAUUUAUGACAUUGCUACAGGGAACCAUAGGUUAUCUGGACCCUGAAUACAUACAAGAGCGUCAACUAACAGAUAAGAGUGAUGUUUACAGUUUUGGAGUUGUGCUCCUAGAGCUAAUCACGAGGAAGUUUGCAAUUUAUUCUGAUGGUGCUGGAGAAACAAAAAACCUCGCAUCAUCAUUCCUUCUGGCAAUGAAAGAGAACAGCCUUCAAUCCAUAUUAGAUCAGAAUAUAUUGGAAUUCGAAACGGAGCUGCUCCAAGAAGUCGCCCAACUGGCGAAGUGUUGCUUAAGUAUGAGGGGGGAAGAACGGCCGCUAAUGACGGAAGUCGCUGAGAAGUUGAAAACAAUACGAAGCAGGUGGAGAGAACAGUUGACUCAGAAUCCUAUCAAUGAGACCGAAUGUUUGCUUGAGAAUCCAUCAUGGCAUUAUCACCUUUCUAUCACUGGACAGCACGGAAGUCUUAUGUCACUAGAUUUAGAAAGCGGUAGAUGAUAAGUUGCUUAUGAUAUCAUAGAUUGUAGUGGAGUUUGAAUUCA